AUGUCUUCUGCGAGACCCAGAAUUGUCACAUCCAGGGCUGCUGUCCUUCCGCAACAAACCACACCAGAACAACGUUAUUGGCGUCAAUAUUCAUCAGCACAACUAGUAAAAGAGCAUAAUAGUGUCACUCACAUUGCAUUCAACCCACAACAUCCUCAUGAUUUUGCCGUGACUUCCUCCACUAGAGUGCAGAUAUUUUCCUCCAGGACUAGGCAAGUUAUUAAGACAUUCUCCAGAUUCAAAGACGUCGUAUAUUCAGCAUCCUUUAGAAGCGAUGGGAAAUUAUUAGUCGCCGGUGAUGCAACUGGCCUCGUCUCCGUGUAUGAUUCAUAUAACCCAAGAACCAUCCUGCUUUCCAUCAAUGCAUCUACCCAUCCAACACAUGUUACCAAGUUCCACCCACAGGAUAACAAGACGUUAAUUACCGCCUCAGAUGACAGAGUCAUUAGACUAUGGGACAUAUCAAAUGCAUACCAACCACAAUUAGAAUUGACAGGUUCCACAGAUUAUGUUCGUUCAGUGACAUGUGUCCCCUCUGCCCCACAUAUGAUCGUUUCCGGUUCAUAUGACGGUAUAAUUAGACUAUACGAUACAAGAGCAUCCGGAAGUUCACCUAUAUAUUCACUACUACAUGACCAACCCAUUGAAGAUAUAAUCUCUAUCUCUGCUACUCAAAUAGUCUCAUGUGGUGGAUCUAACUUCAAAGUUUGGGAUUUGACUAGCAAUAAAAAACUUUACGAGCGUGGAAAUUUCAAUAAGACUGUCACUUGUUUAGAUCAUGUUUCCUCCUUGGAUGAUUCUCCAAUGAAUUCCGCAUUAAUUGCAUCUUCAUUAGAUGGCCAUGUGAAGGUUUUCGAUCCAUUAGAUGAUUUCAAAGUUAAAUUCGGCUGGAAGUUUUCUUCUGCUGUGUUGAGUUGUGCUCUGUCACCUGGAGAUGCUCAAGGGAAUAAACAUUUGGUCGCAGGGUUAUCUUCUGGGUUGUUAGCCAUUAGAACAAAGAGGAAAGAGAAAGCAUCACAAGGGAAAAUAAACAUCAAUAAAGUUACAAAGAGCAAUAAUUUCCAAAGAAUGAUGAGAGGUUCUGAAUAUCAAGGUGACCAAGAACAUAUUAUUCACAAUGAUAAGAUGAAACAACAACAUAAAUUGAAACAAUUUGAGAGAUACAUAAAUCAAUUUAAAUGGAAUGAUGCGUUGGAUAGUGCAUUUGUACCUGGGAUGGCUAAAGAAUUAACACUGACCGUUUUACAAGAGUUGCGUAAACGUGGUAAGAUUCGUGUUGCAUUAUAUAACAGAGAUGAAUCCACAUUAGAACCACUAUUGAAUUGGUGUUUGAAGGGAAUUGAGGACAUUAGAUCGGCAACUGUAGUGGCGGACUGGAUUGCUGUUGUCAUUGAAUUGUAUGGUAACGUUUUACAGAACUCACCAGUACUACAGGAGAUGAUCGUAUCUUUGAGAGAUAAAGUAAGACAAGAAGUAUAUAAGGCCAAGGAAGCACAAAAGAUAGAGGGUAUGCUGCAAUUGUUAACGAGCUAG